AUGAAUAUAUUAAUAAAAAUAUUAAUAAUAUCUGUUGUUAUAAAUAUACAAAUUAAUUUAGGAAGAUGUUUAAGCUUUGACAACCAAAAUUAUGUCAAAAGUUCAUGCAUGAACUUGCAAUGGAAUAAGGAAAAUAAAAUUACAAAAAAGGAUAAAGUAAUCCAUUUGAAGAAUAAAAAUAAUAAUAAAUAUAAUCUUAAUAAUAUACAACUUUUUCUUAAUAAUUAUAAACCAAAAUAUAAAAAGAUUAAUAAAAUAGGUCAAACUAAUUUUAACGUGAAAGAAGCACACCAUUUUACUAUAAAAAUUAACCAAAAUAUAUUAAAUUCACGAAUAAAUAAAAUAAAUGAUGGGUUAUUUGCACUAUUUAAUUCAGGUAAAGAGGAUUUAAACAACUAUGACGAUUAUGGAAAUAAUGGAGUUAUUGAUGAUAUAUCAACAUCUAACAAUAAUGAUAUAAAUGGAGAAGGGGAAAACCAAAAUACAUAUGAAAAAACGUCAGGAAAUGGAGUUAAUAAUUUUAAAGGAGAUAUAAUAGAAAAAAAAUCAUGUAGUGUUUUGAAUAAAGUAGUAGAAGGAGGAAAAACUGUAUCGUUAUUAGGUUUAUGGUAUCUGUGUAACAUUUUUUAUAAUAUUGAAAAUAAAAAAGCAUUAAAUAUAUUAAAUUUACCAAUUACAAUAGCUAUAGUACAAAUAUAUGUAGGGUUACCAAUCUUUUUAAUUCCAUGGUUAUUAAAAUUAAGAAAACAACCAGAACUCUUUUAUGAUGAACAGGAAAUGAAAAAAAUUAGUCUUAGUAAUAGAAAUGCUUUAGUAAAAGGAUUUCAAAAAUAUGUUUUAUUUUUAAAAACAUAUAAUAGCAUAAUAAAACAAAGUAUAUAUCAUGGAUAUGCUCAUUUAUUAUCUGUUAUAGCCAUGGGGGCAGGUGCAAUUAGCUUUGUUCAUAUUGUCAAAGCUUUAACUCCAUUAUUUGCAGCAUUCUUUUCAUUUUUCCUAAUGAAUAAUAGAAUGUCCAUCUACACCUAUUCAUCUUUAUUGCCUAUUGUAUUUGGGGUAUCGUUAGCUUCAUUAAAAGAAUUAUCUUUUACAUAUAAAGCUUUAUAUUCAACAUUAUCUGCUAAUGUACUAUCAACAAUGCGAGCUAUAGAGGCGAAAAUAAUGAUGGAUAAAAACCUUGAAAAAAUAGGAAGAAAUUUAACUCCAGAAAAUAUAUUUGCUCUAUUAACCCUUUCUUCUGCAAUAUUUUUAACACCAGCUUUAUACAUCGACGUACAUAAGUGGAAAGAUGCUUAUACGUAUUUAAUGAAUAAUAGGGAUGUUUUAAAAGUAUUAGGUAGACAUGUAUUCAUGUCUGGUGUAUGGUUUUAUUUGUAUAACCAGGUAUCAUUUAUUUCGUUAAAUAGAUUAAAUCACAUUACUCAUGCUGUUGCAAGUACAGUUAAAAGAGUUUUUCUAAUAUUAACGAGUUACUUUAUUUUUGGAACGAAGUUUUCCUUCCUUGGUGGACUUGGUUCAACAAUUGCUGUAAGUGGUACAUUCUUAUAUUCGCUAGUAAAAAAAAAAUUUGGCUAG